CCCUAACUCACCCCUCCUUCAACCACUUCUCUCAUUCUCUCUUUCAAUCUCCACAAAUGGCUGGCAACAAAAUUGAGAAGAGCAAGGCCAGAGAAGUCGCUGUGCGCAGCGAUGUUGAGGUUGCAUUUGUUGCAUUUUCUCCCUCAGGCCCUCUCAACGAAUUUGACAAACAAAAAGAGAUUGAAGAGUUCCGAAAUCGGUAUAUGAAUCAGCUAGAGUACAGGAUCAUGAUGAAACAUAAGUGGCACGCAGAGCAACAAUUGAUGGAGAAGUUAGACAACCUUAGCCUUAGCCACAACAACGGUGAAUCAAGCAUGGUGCACUAUAUUGAAAAGGCCCCCGACUCAGCCCGGCGAGCUCGUCUGAUCGAGGUCAAACUGCGUCAACCGGUCGAGGCCCAAAACGAGCCACAAAGAGCCCAGCCCGAUCCAGAGGGUUUAGAUCAGGAAAUAGAUAGUUGAGAAUCUUUUCGACUAUGUAUUUCCUUAUUUUUGCUUUAGAUUGGGUUUCAAUUUCUGCUUUUAGUUAUUUUAUGGCUUGGAUUGGUGGUCUUGUAUUUUGAAACUGAUUUUACUAUUUAUAUAUUAAAGAAUCAGUUUUUUGCC